AUGAUGGGGACCUCACAGCAAGUUGGACGGUGCAAGAAAACCACAUCACCCACAAAGGCAAGAGCAUCUUUGGAAGCUGUCAGGAGGACCGUGUGCACCGUCGUUCUGCUCGCCAUCACGGCGGUCACAGGAGCAGGAGGAAACAACAGAGUGUCAGUGACAGUAGGUAAAAGCUCUGUGCUCGCCUGCCCUCCCAAAUCAAAUAUGACUAUGGUAACAUGGAAAAUAAGCCCCAAGGCUGGAGGGCCCUGCACCUUGGGAUACAGGGCUGAUCUGAACAAGACAGACAGAACAAACUGCAGUGACAGCAUGAACUGGAAAUCCAGGCCAGACUGUGAUCCUACCCUUGAGAUACGACAAGUGGGAAUAGCCCUUGAGGGCGAUUACACCUGCGAAGUCGUAGCCACAGAAGGGAAUUUCCACAAGAUGUACCACCUCACUGUGCUAGUCCCCCCCAGGCUGACCGUGUACUGCGACAACCACGGGAACCCCGUGUGCAAGGCAGCGGCAGGGAAGCCGCCUGCUCGGGUCUCGUGGGUCCUAGAGAGCAACUCCACCCCCGAGGAAGAAGGCCAUGACAACGGGACAGUGACUGUUCUCAGGAAGUUCACAGCAUACAGCACCAACAUGACUAAUACAACCUGCAUCGUGUCCCACCCAGCUGGGACGUGGAUCAAGUCCAUAGCCUGUCACCUCUCAGGUGAGGUUCCCUUUGCACAUUCAGCAUUCAAAACCCCUGUUUGUGGACUAAGGCCAACCUCAGAGGCACUGGCAGGUCUGCAGCAGGAACCGUGCAGUUGAGCUGAAGUUUCCAGUGAGAAACUCUUUUGGGGGGACAAGGAUAAACAAAGGUGCUGUCGGAAUUGUAAAGGCCUUUGUGAAAUUCUAGGAAAGCAGAUGUUCAUGACACGCAAAUAUGUCAAUGGUACAAUCACCCAGA